AUGCGAGCUUUUUACAUUCUUUCUGGCACCGAUGUGCAUUGGUGCCCAGAAAAAACAUUAUUCGGCACCGUACCAGCUGGUUAUCAACAGGGACAAGGUAGAAAAGUUACAUGUUUCGAUCGUAUUAAAAUUGGUUUUGCAAUGGGCUUUACUGUUGGGAUGGUAACUGGAAUUGUCUUUGGUGGAUUCACUGCAAUUAAAUAUGGUUUACGUGGUCGAGAACUAGUGUCUACCGUGGGAAAAUCAGUCAUAUCAGCGGGAGGUACAUUUGGAACAUUUAUGGCUAUCGCUGGAGCUAUUCGGUGUUGA